AAACCAUUUGAUAACCACAACUUUUCUAUCAAAUAAGGUUUAGUUUUUUGUUGUUGGAUCAGAUAUUUGCUUUUCUUUUAGGGUUUUAAGGUUUCUUGGGUGAUAAAAAAAGAUGGAAACUUUUGGUGCGUUUCACAAGGGGGAUGAUGAGCAGAUGGUUUUGCCUCCUGGGUUUAGGUUUCAUCCAACAGACGAAGAACUCAUAACCCACUAUCUUCACAACAAGGUUCUUGACAUUGGUUUCUCAGCUAAAGCUAUUGGUGAGGUGGAUUUGAACAAAGCUGAGCCAUGGGAGUUGCCAUAUAAAGCAAAAAUGGGUGAGAAAGAAUGGUACUUCUUCUGUGUGAGGGAUAGAAAAUAUCCAACCGGUUUGAGGACUAACCGGGCAACUCAAGCCGGUUACUGGAAGGCUACUGGGAAGGAUAAGGAGAUUUUCAGAGGCAAAUCACUAGUUGGUAUGAAGAAAACACUUGUUUUCUACAGAGGAAGAGCUCCAAAAGGGCAAAAAACAAACUGGGUGAUGCAUGAGUAUAGGCUUGAUGGGAAACUCUCUCCUCACAACUUGCCCAAAACCGCCAAGAAUGAAUGGGUGAUAUGUAGAGUAUUUCACAAAACUGCUGGAGGCAAGAAGAUCCCUAUUUCAACUUUGAUCCAAAUUGGUUCUUAUGGAGGUUCUAGUUUACCACCUCUAACAGAUUCUUCACCAUAUAACAAUGACAAAACCAAGACGGAACAGAGUUACGUGCCCUGCUUCUCCAACCAAAAUGAAACAAGAGGAACAUUACUCAAUUACUUCAGCAACAACCCUGUCCUUAGCUCGAUUCCACUAUACCAAACUCAGUCUCUCCAUGUUUCUGAUCCGGUUCUUACACAAGAACAACCGGUUUCUCAAGCCAUGUUUGAGAACAACAGAAGGCAGAGCUUCAAAACGUUGAGUAUCUCACAGGAAACUGGAGUUUCUAAUACCGAUAAUGAAUUUGGGAGGAAAGGAUUCGAUCAUCAAGAAGUUCCUUCUUCCUCCACUGGUCCCGUUGAUCUUGAACCUUUCUGGAGUUACUGAAGAUUCAGAAAGCUCAAAAGUUUAUUAUCUUAGGUCACAAGUAAGAUGAACUUCGCAAUAUUAGUGUUUUUUCCUUUUAGCGUGGUGUGUUAAGUUUGUAUAGAUUAUUUAUUAUAUCACUGCUUCCAACUCUUUAGUGUGUUUUUUUUUAUUGUUAUUAUUAUACUCAACUUAAACUUGAUAUUAGAGAGAUGAUAA